UUUAAUUUCAAAAGCAAAGUACUCAUAAAUAUGAUGGAUGCUAACAAUUUGAAGUCUGACCAACAGUAUUGCUAUCUUCUUGAAAACACCUCUUGCCUCAGACGAACAAGAUCAAGAGAGACAUAUGUGAUUUUGUAUAUUUGCUCAUCAAUUUCUCUGAUUCUCACCAUCUUCGGUAACUUGCUGGUGGUCAUUUCUGUCUCUCAUUUUAGGCAGCUUCAUACACCGAGUAACUUUCUUGUGCUUUCUCUUGCAGCUGCAGAUUUUUUGAUUGGCAUAUUUUUAAUGCCUCCAAAAAUAAUUCAAAUCAUAGAAGACUGCUGGUAUUUUGGGGACAAUUUUUGUUAUUUCCAUGCUUUACUUGGCUUUCUGCUGACCACAGUUUCUGUCAGUAAUUUGGUAUUCAUUGCUAUUGAUCGGUAUGUUGCUGUGUGUGAUCCUUUGCUUUAUGGUACUAAGAUUACAAUUCCUCUUAUACAGAUAGGUAUUUCAAGUAGUUGGAUAUUAUCUGUAUUAUAUGCAUGGGCAAUUUUGUUUUUCAAGGGACAUUAUUUGACCCGUGAUGAUGGUUUUGUCUGCCUUGGUGAGUGUGUAGGAUUUUAUACUAAAGUUUGGGGAAUAGUGGACCUUAUUGUAACUUUUAUUUUUCCUUGUACUGUAAUUAUAUGUCUAUAUUCAAAAGUCUUCAUGGUUGUAAGGAGACAUUUAAAAAAAAUUAACACAGUAAAUCAGCAGAUCAAAACAAAAGAAGCAGAUCAAAACAAAAUACCUAAAAAAUCUGAAAGGAAAGCUGCUAAAACAUUAGGGAUUGUCAUAUUUGUUUUUCUUCUUUUUUGUGUGCCUUUCUACCUGUGUGCAAUUAUGAAUGCAUACACUGAUGUGGUUGUACCUGAUGCCAUUUUUAACAUUUUUUUAUGGCUAGCAUAUUUUAACUCUGGUAUGAAUCCAAUUAUAUAUGCUUUGUUUUAUCCGUGGUUUCAGAAAUCCAUUAAACUCAUUGUCACAUUAAAAAUAUGUAGUCCUGAAUCCUCAAUUAUGAAUGUAUGCUCAGUAGAUCAUUAGACCA